GCGAACACGUGGCGGGCGGGUCCAUCCCUCCGGCGGAGCAGCAGCAACAGGUGCCGCAGCCGGGGAAGGAAGGGGAAGGGGAGGUGGUUCAGCAUGUCCAGUCCUCACGUCGACAGCUUCUUGAUCACGAAGGAGCUCCUCUCGAGAGUGGGCAGUAACGAUAGCAUCAUCGUCUUGACCCUCGGGAACUCUGCUUGGGAGGAUUUCAUCUUCAAUUGGGUGAUCUCUGCCAACAGGGCGGGCAUGGGUAAUUACUUGGUGGUGGCGAUGGACGAGCCUCUGCUGAGGACGCUUCACGAGAGAGGGAUCCCGGUUGCCAAGUCGAGACUGGGGUUUUUCGGCCCCGAUGCGGCUGCAUGGGGAUCCCCACAGUUCAAGGACAUGCAGAAGGUCAAGCCAGCCUUGAUGAUCGACGUGUUGGAAGCCGGAUUCGAUGUCCUGAUGGCCGAUGCGGACCAGGUAUGGUUCAGAAACCCCCUCCCCUACUUCCUCUCCCAUCCGGAGCCCGACAUUCUGUGCUCCACCGACUGCCCCGUUCCGUUGGUUGAUGACGGUUUCUUGCAGGGGCCAGGUUGGCUGGACGCCGUUGAUCCUGGCCCUUGGCCGCCGUGUGAUGCAAAGGGGUUCGACUUCAACGUGGGUCUCAUGCUAGUCCGGCGACGGGAUCCUUCGCUCCGGCUGCUCCGUGAGUGGGCCCUCAGACUCUCUGGUGCCAAUAACGAAGCGUGGGAUCAGCAGGUGUUCAACGACAUGUUGAAAGUGAUUCUCCCAUCUUCUACCUCCAAAGUAGUCUUCCCUUCAGGCAUCUACUAUCGUCUUUUCGACGGCCUGCUACUGCUCGGUGCACUGCCUCAGGGUCUCUUCUCUAAUGGCUUCUCCUUCUUCCACAGCGGGCUGCAUGCCGCCGUUCCGACGCCAGCUGCUUAUUCCCCCUCCUCAGAAUCUGCUUCAAUUGGAAGAGCUCCUCCUCCUCCUCCUCCUCCUCCUCCUCCUCCUCCUCCUCCUCCUCCUUUUCCUCCUCCUCUUUCGCAUGGAGGACUGACGUCACGGUUGUCUGGUCAGGAUUCCGUUGCAGUAACUGAUGCUAACGGAACAGGAGCGGAUGCAGUAGUAGUUGGCCCCUGCAAGAACAAAGACGAGGCCGUUAGCCACCGUUACCCCAAGCCGUUUGUGGUCCAUACAAACCACGAGUAUUCGGCGGACGUUAAGCGCAUGCAGCUGAGGGACUGCGCUCUCUGGGACGUGGACCCCCCUUCGUAUCUGUUUCCAUCGGAGAGGGGUUUCUUGCACUACCAACAGGUGAUUCCAGACGAACGGCUGGACGAGGCAGCCAGCGAUCCCGAGAAGAACCUCAGCUUGCGAAGGCUGCAGCUGGGGUGGUUGCGGGACGCUCUCGCCAUCGCCUUCCUGCUGGACAGGAUCCUCAUCAUGCCCACUCUGUUCGGUGAUUGGCCGUGGCGUUUUGGGCCCAGCCACAGGAAGGGAAAACUGGGGGGGGUUCGGUAUCGCGGAUGGACUGAUUACGUGCUAAACGUAGGGGCAAUGGAGCGAAACGGAGAUGGAGAGUUGAUUCGAGGGAGUGAAUUCUUGAGCAGUCGCUGGAUUGGCCAAGAUAUAUGGCGAUCUAGGCUGAGCGUGGGGGUACUGGAAGGGGAAGAAUUGGCACCGCUUUCUCCUCAGCUGACGCAUUCCACUCCCACACUGCCGCACAGGAGGAGGAGGAGACUCAGAAGGGGAAACCUUAGGAGGGUGGGCAAGAGGUGGAGGCGUCAUUCCCUGAGGGAAGAGAUGGAAGAGGAAGAGGAGAAGGAGGAGAAAGAGGAGGACGAAGAGGAGGAGGAAGAGGAGGAAGAGGGGGAGGAGAAGGAGGAGGAAGAGGAGGAGGAGGAAGAGGAGGAGGAGGAGGAGGAGGAAAGGAGGAGGAAGAGGAGGAGGAGGAGGAGGAGGAAGAGGAGGAGGAAGGAGAGAAGGUCAUCAACUAUGAUCGUGACGGCGCUGGCAUGGCAGUCUCACGCCCGUUUGAUAGAAAGCUUCUGGAGGUCGCGGGGACGACGAAUCUCACUAGUGAGCCGUCUGAUGACUCCCUUUACUGUGUCAAUGGCAGUCUCUUGGCGUGGGAGGUUGGGAUGUAGAAGGCGACACGUGUAAAGGUUACACGUAAUAUGACGGACGUCCAGGUGGCGUCUUGUUUUGGACCGUUUGGUCAUGUCAAACUACUAGAGUUCUCGACCAUGGAUGACGUGUUUGGUGGAUUUGUUAAUGUCUCGGACAGAGAUAUUUUCGUGAGCAAAUGGGGAAAAUAUGCGAAAGGAUUCCCAGACGAUGACGUGGGACUUCUCGACUCGUUCGUUGGAUAGAGAAAUGCGAGGCCACGUGUCGCCACACCCAGCGCUCCCGAGUUCCUGAUUUUUUUUUUUUUAUUAUUUUUUUUGGAAGAGUUCCUGUGUAUCGUCCACCACUUGGCGAUACAAACUGUAAAAUUAAUGGCACGAGAAGACGUUCUUUUAUUUCUCUCUUUUCCCUCAACGUUGAAACUCCAUGUCAUAAACAAGAUACGACGACAGGACACUCCCGGACGAUGGCUAGCGAAAACUCCGGGAGAUUCACGUAUGAUAGGGGAUUGAUGGAGUAAAUGACACGUGGCGUG